AUGGCAUCCCCGAAUACCAGCACGAUCAGCCUACAUGCCGCUCCCCUCGUUCUCUACCGAGGUCCGCACACCUACCUUUCCUUUACGCUCUCAAGCGCCAGCAGCGACAACGUAACAGAUUCCGUCAAAGUUCAGCUGGUUCGAAGAGGCUGGAGAGCGGGUGUAUUUGGCUGGAAUGCCGCUAAAUGGCUGGGUGCAAGAGAACGAGGUGUGGAUGUGACGCCGGUGCACGAAUCGGAUUGGGAGAACGCCGAGCUGGUUCAAGACCAAGUACCGACGCAAGCCAUCUUGAGUGCCAAGAGGAGGGCAAACAUUCAACAAGACUUGGCGCGCAAGACGGAACAAGCGCAAUCUCAAGCCUUGGAAUUGGGCGUUGAGCCACUGCCUCGGUAUCACACCACCAUGACUGUUCGACUGCCAGCGAGCGAAGGCGAUGGGUAUUUUCAUCUGCUGCUCACCACCAAGCAAGGCGAGAAUGUUCGAUCUCCAACAUUCCGCAUCUACAGCGUCUCUCUCAGCUCAGCAUGUCCUCGAGGAGCUUCUUUGCUACCGCCCACCAUCAUCCCCGAGCUCAUCCUUCGAACCCUCUCAGCAAUGUUGUACACCGCACUGCUCGCUCUGAGCCCACUCGGCUUCCUGGCUCGCUUUGCACCCCGCGGCAUCACACGAUGGGUGGGCAAAAGAGUGUACAGGGCGGUGGGCGGCAAUGAGAGGAGAGAUGAAGCGCUGCGACAGUACGGAGUUCAGGACAAGCUCGACAGCGCCAAAAAGGCCGUGGAAAGGGUGCCCUUUGCUACAGCCGGCGUGAGGACUGCUUGGGAUGUGCAGAGGGAUCAAGAGCUGGGAAGGGGCGGCGUGCGGUGGAUCAGACGAUGA